CCAGCAGCCUGCUUUGAAUCGUCAGUCGCAGAGAGAAGAUCGCCAGCAAUGCCACAACUAAACCGGACUCAUUCAUUUAAAAAGGAGGCUUUCGAAAUUAUAAGUAAGCUGAGAUACGCUGCAAAACGUCGUUCUCGUCUUUUAGAGAAAUGUCAGAGGUGCAUCACCUGGGGACAUUAUCUUACAGUAGCUGGAGGAGCUGUUGUAGUGUUGGCGAUUGUUUCCCCAUUAUCUACUUUGUGGCAUGCCAUUGCCGGGCUGAUGUUGGUAGGAACAGGAAGAGUGCUCACUGAUUUCGGCAAGAGUAAGGGGUGCACUGUGAAAGAACAAAUGGAAGAAGAUAAUAACAGAUUAGAGAAACUGACGAGAAAAGGUCGGGAGAUGAGUUCGAGGCUUUGUGAAGCUGCGGAAAUUGUUAACCAGCUAAAUAGGGAUCAAAAAAAGAAAACGAUUACAACUUGGGCUUCGGUCGUUGGCGGAGUUCUGCCUUCAAUUCGUGCUCGUUGGCCUCAGCAACUAGCUGGACUGGCGACAGCUCUUAUGAUACAAUCUCAAGCUAGUGGAACAGUCAGACAUUAUGAGUCAUCAGAGGACAUGAAUCAUUUUGAAUACGAUAUAGCAGGAUUACAAAAGGACUGGGAUGCAUUUGUCGAAGCAGUUGUUUGGGAGUCCCAAAACCUCAGUGGCAUACCCGAGAUGUAUACCUCAGAGUUACGAGGUUAUUGUCAGGACUUUUUUCAAGAACUGAAAGCGCUGCUAAGAAGGAUGGGUUAUUUGCUGAUGGAAGAGACAUCCAGCAUGGAAGAUCCAUUUUCCCAGAAUAUUAGUACUAUAUCUCUUAAUGCAGCUCAUGGGCUGGAGCUGGUGGCUAGUCUUAUACAAGGCAACCUGUGGGAAGCUUCGCAAGGCUUGCGAGAUUUGGCUGAAAGCGCCGACAGCAUUGUUAACGAGCUCAACAAUGCAAGAGACCUUUUUGAUAUGUGUCUAAGAAAAUACAGUUGUACCUAAUCAUAAUAGCUGUUCCUCGCCAUAAACUCUUGAUUUGUGUAGCUUAAAUGUCUCUUUUGCAGCAAUUGCUUUGAAACAAUACGUGCUUCUGUGUUUCUGUCAAGCAUAUUUACAUCUAAUCUGUAUAUUUUUAAUAUUUGUAAUCCAGAUGUCACUAUCAACAAAAUAUGUAAAUAGUGUAUCAAUACAACCACGUUUCCAAAAGAUAAUGGAGGUUAAAUCUUUGUCGCACAUCGUAUGAGCAUCGCCUGUGGACUUAAAUUUGUGCUCAUGACCAAGGUUGAAUUCCUAUUUUAUUGCUUUAAAUGUCUCUGGAGAUUGGGAAAAAGAUAUGACAUUAUAUGGUUUUUUUUAUCCGCUUAUUU